GCUGUUGUUCAAACGAAGAGCGAAGUACACGGCGGCGGCGGUGGGGAAAGAAAAAACCUCAUUUAUUACCGUUUUGUUUUGUUUUUUGAAACACUAUUCAAGUAUAUUUAGUUAAAUCGAUUGAUUAUUAGAUAUCGUACGCUACAUUUGAGCUAAUUCGGGGCACCUGAAUUGGUUAGUUUUUGAUUUGAAUUCAAGUGGUUUUGCUCGGAAGGGUGGCGAGCCUGUCUCAAAGUGAGAUAUAUAUAUUCGAUUUAUUCUAUUUUUUAAAUUAUAUAUAUUUUUCUUGUUAUAUUUUUGUUAACUUGUAUCUUUUUUUCUGUUUUUUAUUUUAUUUUUCUUCGUAAAGCCUUUAGAGCACUUUAUUAUUUUUUAAAUAAUAAUAUUAUAUAUAAAAUAUGAGUGCGCCGGUAACCAAGGCGGUGAAUCCGUCGACAACCGUCGACCCCAAAUCGGCACCUCUCAAAGACAUCCCAGAUAUUCUCCUAGACCCCCGGACCCUGAAGAAAUACAGCCGAGGACGUUUCCUGGGCAAAGGAGGCUUUGCCAAAUGCUACGAGAUCACAGAUCUGGAAACCAGAGAGGUUUUCGCCGGUAAAGUCGUCCCCAAAGCCAUGAUAGUCAAACCUCACCAGAGGGACAAGAUGACCUCUGAAAUCUCCAUUCAUAAGAGUCUCGACAAUCCGCACAUUGUGGGAUUUCACGGCUUUUUCGAGGACGACGACUUCGUCUUUGUCGUGUUGGAGAUUUGCAGACGACGGUCUCUGUUGGAGCUACAUAAGCGUCGUAAGGCUGUAACGGAGCCGGAGGCUCGGUAUUAUAUGAUGCAGCUGGUUAAAGGCUGUCAGUACCUCCACAACAACAGAGUGAUACACAGAGACCUGAAACUAGGAAACAUCUUCCUCAGCGACGACAUGGAUGUCAAGAUAGGUGACUUUGGCCUUGCCACUAAGAUAGAGUUUGACGGGGAACGUAAGAAGACGUUGUGUGGAACACCGAACUACAUCGCCCCGGAGGUUCUCUGUAAGAAGGGACACAGCUUCGAGGUCGACGUCUGGUCUCUGGGCUGUAUCCUGUACACUCUGCUGGUUGGUAAACCUCCAUUUGAGACGUCUUGUCUGAAGGAGACCUACAACCGCAUCAAAAAGAACAACUACACCAUCCCCUGGCAAAUCAACCCUGUGGCGGCGUCUCUGAUCAAGAGGAUGCUGCACGCCGACCCGUCCCAGCGGCCCACCGUCUCCCAGCUGCUAACCGACGAGUUCUUCACCGAGGGGUACAUCCCCCUGCGUCUCCCCACCACCUGCCUCACCGUGCCCCCGCGCUUCUCCAUCGCUCCCUCCUCUCUGGAGCCCAGCCAGAGACGCCCGCUCACCGCUCUCAACAACAAGGCAGGGACAGAGAAGGUGGAAAAGAAAGAUGAGCCACUGCUCAGAGAGAUUCCCGAGGCCACAGACUGCCACCUGAGUGACCUGCUGCAGCAACUCGACACCUGCAACGCUGCCAAGCCCUCGGAGAGAGGACUCAUACGCAUGGAGGAGGCAGAGGACCCAGCCUGUGUCCCCAUCUUCUGGAUCAGCAAGUGGGUCGACUACAGCGACAAAUACGGACUGGGCUAUCAGCUGUGUGACAACAGCGUGGGGGUGUUGUUUAACGACUGCACCAGGAUGAUGAUGUACGCCGACGGAGACAGUCUUCAGUACAUCGACAAGAUGGCCGCCGAGAGCUACCUCAGUGUCCGCUCCUACCCCGCUACGCUAUCCAAGAAGAUCACGUUGUUGAAGUACUUCCGUAACUACAUGUCGGAGCACCUUCUGAAGGCGGGUGCCAACAUCACGCCUCGUGACGGAGACGAGCUGGCCCGUCUGCCGUACCUCAGCCACUGGUUCAGAACCAAGUCGGCCAUCGUCCUCCACCUCACCAACGGCACCGUGCAGAUCAACUUCUUCCAGGACCACACCAAGUUGAUCCUGUGUCCUCUGAUGGGUGCUGUGUCCUUCAUCGACGAGAAGAGAGACUUCCGGACCUAUAAGACGUCUCUGAUCGAGGAGUUUGGCUGCUGUAAGGAGCUGGCCAGCAGGAUGCGAUACGCCCGACUGAUGGUGGCCAAACUACUGUCCUGCAAGUCCUCCACGCCUCACUGACCAACCACCUCCUCGCUCUGGCCCCGCAGCCAGGUGUUUACCCCCCCUCCUGACUAUAAUCUACUGUCUGCUGGCCAAUCAGAAUGCCUGAGGGGUGCUCAGGGUUGUCACAAUAAGCCAGUCAGACGGCUGGAUCUUCCAACGGUCUCUAAUGUUGAAACAACGUCUUUAUUAUAGUCAAGUGGUCAGCGCCCCCCCCCGUCUGUCUCUCUGGUCUGUAAUCCCCUAUCCUGUCUGGUCUGUAGUUCGCCAGGUGAGGUGUGGUCAGUCUCCCCCUACCCUGUCUGUAACCCCCUAUCCUGUCUGUAACCCCCUAUCCUGUCUGUAACCCCCUAUCCUGUCUGUAACCCCCUAUCCUGUCUGUAACCCCCUAUCCUGUCUGUAA